AACUUUCGGCGCGCAAACGACGAAAGAAUGUUUAUGUUCGAGCGACGAACAUCAGCUCGGGAUUUUUUCAAAAAUUUAUGUGGAUAGUACGUGUUUUGUGAAAGUAAUCCUUCCAGAGGAAAGCGUGCAGCUUGAAAGAACACUGUGAUGCACAAAAUUGUGUAGUGUAAAUGUUGGUGUUCGGAUUGUGAGCUGUUUUUUUCCGCGUUCGGGAAGCUCUACUCGAAUGCGAUAGAGUGUGCAUCUAUUGAUUUGCCUUUCUGAUCAAGCAUGUUUGUGGACGACUUGCGGAAGGAUUUCUACGAGCGGCUGAUCGGGAAACGGGUCGUGGUGAUAGUGAACUAUGACAUCGAUGCCAUCUGCACCAGUAAGAUCCUUCAGGCGCUGUUCAAGUAUGACAACAUGCUAUAUUCGAUUGUGCCCAUCAUGGGCAUCAGCGGGAUGGUACGGGCGUACAAUGAGAACAAAGAUGACGCCAAGUUUGUGCUUCUGAUCAAUUGUGGGGGCUGCAUCGACAUUGUGGAUGUUCUACAACCGGUGGAGGACGUGACGUUCUUCAUCUGUGACUCGCACCGACCGUACCACAUUUGCAAUGUUUACAGUGAUGCGCAGGUUCAAAUCAUAGGCGAACUCGGUCACGAUGAUAAAGUGCCAAGUUUCGAGGAGAUUUUCCAGGACACAGACAAUGAAGAAGAUGACGACGAGGACGAUGAUGAUGAAGUCGAAAACAGCGAUGAUGAAGAAAAGGGUAGUCGAGAACGGACCAGAUUGCAGCGCAUCGAGGAGCGUCUGUUGAAGCGUCGCCAGCAACGCGUUUGGGAAGAAAAGCGUAACAGAAUCAUGUUCGAAUACACCCAGUUCAGCUACUACGGACGUAGUUCGGCUUUGACCAUAUUCGAGCUAGCUUGGCACUUGUCGAAGGAUUCAAUCGACCUGCUCUGGUGGGCCAUUGUAGGCUUGACGGAACAAUUGCUGCUGGGAAAGGUCGAAAGUUCGACGUACACAUUGGCCACGGACAGCGUUCAAUCACACGUGUCCCGUCUAACCAACAAAGCCAGUGAUCAAGCGAUUCAGACUUCUGUGAAGAUAAACUUCGAAAACGAUCUCCAUUUGGCACUGUACAGACACUGGAGUGUCCUGGAUUCCUUAAAGUACUCCAUAUAUCCGGCCUGCAAGAUGAAACUGUGGACUUACAAGGGCGAGAAAGUAAUGCAUGAAUUGCUUGUUGACAUGGGGCUACCUCUGGUACAAGCUAAACAAACCUUCAAUGCCAUGGAUUUGGAACUGCGAAAGGAGUUUUACGACAAAAUGGAGAAGUUCUCUGAAAAAUACCACCUUCCGGACAUAAUCUACGGAUCGUUCAUCCUGCAGUACGGCUACCGCAACAAGUACUCCGCCGCCGAUUACGUUUACUCGAUGCUGGCCAUCCUGGAAUCCAUCAAGAAAGACCGCACCCCAGAAACCUGCUUCCUCCAGUCGAUGGACGCCCUGUCGCGCAACAACAAGGAAAUCCUCGACGGUGGUAUCGACAUGUGUAAAACGCUCCUAUCGGCCAUCUUCAGGCAGGUGCAAAGCUCACUGGAACUGCACGCCGUUUACUCAGCCGGCCCGUUCCUAUACUUCAUCCUGCAAGAGGAGAUACCGUUCUUCACCUGCCCGUACGGUCUGCUGAUGCUGGCGCGCUUCUUACUACGCGGUCACGUGGCUAUCUCCCGAAAUCGAAGGGCGCAGGAGCUGCCACUGAUUGCCGUGGCACCGAUCGAUGUGAAUCGAGGCCUUUCGCUACUGGUCGGCGUCCCGCCCGUAUGUGAGGACAGUAAAAACUUCUUCGGCAAAGCAUUCGAACAGGCGGCUCUCAAGAGUGGGGCGACGGUUUCGCAGGACUUUUUCGAAACCGCCGUCAUUCAGAUACGACACUCGGACUGUACUAAAUUUCUCGAUGCACUGACGGUUUUGCUAAGUUAAUGUGUCAAGCUUUUUUUCGUUGUAGCCUGUAAGGUUAGUUAGGGUUCGCGUAGAUUUAGAUAUGCUUAGCUUAGUUUUACGAUAGACUUACUUUUACACCUGACUCACAAUAUUUAUCUGUAAACUGAGGAACGCGGCAUUAUAGACCAAAAGUUGCUGCGAAUUGGAAUCACAAACAGGU